UUUUUUGUUUUUUUCUUUUUUUAUUAUUAAACACGAUUUCACAAUGACUGAAAUGACCGAAGAAAUGUUGAACGAAACUGAACUGCUUAUUCAAGCACUUCUUUCCGAGUAUAACGAUGAGGAGAACAUUAACGAUGGCUUUGAAGAAAUGUCUACCAAUGUUAGCAAGAAAGAACGCAAAGACGCUCCUGUCAAAACAGGUCUUAUGGACGAGUUUGACUGGAACACGGUCAGUAAUGUUGAAGAAGAGGAAGUAGAAGCUGAUGAAGAAGGAAGCUAUGAGACUGAUUUUCCAGUCCCAUCUUUCGAAGAGACUGUUGGUAGCAGUGAAGCUGUUGUUGGUAUGAAGGAGGCUUUCGAGAAAGAGUUUCCAAAUAAGAAGACAUUUGCCGAUAAGAAUUCUGCAAGAGCGGAAAUUCAAGAGUUUUGCAAGGCUCAAAACAUCCCAUUCGAAACUUUGAGAAGACAAAGUCUAUAUCAAACUUGUAUGCAAGCACUUUGGAGAUUAUCGCAGCACCAGAGGUGUAGAAAGUAUGUAUUUUUCGACUUCAGUGAUCUUAUAAUUAUAGUAAGAAAGUGAAAAAUAGAAGACGGCAAUGAUGAUGAGGGUGGAUUCAGGAGACCCAACCGAAAGACAGGUAAGAUUGGGUGUACAGCCUUCAUCCACCUAAAGAUGGAUUUGAAGGACGUGGAGAAUCGCUGGUUUGUGAGUAAGACGUGCUUUGAGCAUACGCAUCCUGUCAGCAAUAACCGCAAGAUGUACCACGUUAACAGAAAAUUGGAAGCUGAAGACCAGGAAUUUGCGAUCAAGAUGAUGCAAAGUGGAAGCACUCCCAGUGCAGUCUUGGAGGUAAGGGAUUUAAAAAUAAAUAGUGGGUUUUGUAAGGAGUUAGUAUUGUUUGUGAU